AUGACUUGGUGCGGCUGUGAGCCUGGGGCCUCCCCCUUCUUCGCGGAGAGGCUGCAUGAUUGCGUGUACAGUGGGAAGGACGCCUUGGGGUGGGCAUUCGGGAUGAUGUCGCUGUGCUGCUGGCUCUGCGCGACGGUUCCACAGUUGUUGGAGAAUUGGAGGAACAGAAGUGUGGAAGCUGUAUCUGCCGGAUUGGUGAUGUUUUGGGUCGGCGGUGAUGUGUGUAACCUGACUGGCUGCAUACUCGGCCGGCAGCUCGUGACACAGCAAAUACUUGGCAUGCCUUUUGGAGCAACGAGGCUGUUUCGAGCAGUGAGGCGGGCUUCUUAG